AGUUUGCAUCUACCAACUAAACUAUCAACAUGAAAGUUGUUGCCUUCGUCGUUCUGGCUUUAGCCUUGGCCGCUCCAACUGUUGGCAAAACUUUCACACGCUGCUCAUUGGCACAGGAGAUGUAUCGUUUGGGUGUGCCAAAGGAUCAAUUGGCACGCUGGACUUGCAUUGCCGAACACGAGAGCUCUUACCGUACUGGCGUUGUCGGCCCAACAAACUCGAAUGGCUCCAAUGAUUAUGGCAUCUUCCAAAUCAACAACUACUACUGGUGUCAACCUGCCAAUGGACGCUUCUCCUACAACGAAUGCAGCCUGAGCUGUAAUGCUCUGUUAACCGAUAAUAUCGCCAAUUCUGUGAGUUGCGCUCGCAAGAUUCAAAGACAACAAGGUUGGUCUGCUUGGUCCACCUGGCGUUACUGUAGUGGCUCUUUGCCCAGCAUUAACUCUUGCUUCUAAGUGCUUAUUUGGUUCUAAAUAAAUACUUAGAUAAAAUAUGAUUAUGUGAAAAGAGAAGGCGUUUUAAAAUUAUGCGAUUUGAAUCA